AUGCUCUUACGGUUUCGUGGGGCCUUUAAAAAGCUGACUAGCUCUCUGUCAACUCGCGUCUACACCUCUCCCUCACCCAGAAUGUUGAUGACCACAACCGCGAACUCUCGGAGCCUACCAGACUGCUGGGGACAUCGAGGAGCCUCUGCCCGUUUCCCUGAAAAUACACUCUCUAGCUUUGAAGCAGCAAUUCGUGACGGCGCGGAGGGGAUUGAGAGCGACGUCCAUGUCUCUUUGGAUGAUGUGGUUGUUAUGUUCCACGACCCGGAUCUUCGACGAACCACCAACUCUUCUGGACUGAUUAGAGAGCGACAAUGGUUUGGCGAAGACGGGAUGAACAAGGUCCGGACAGCUAAGGCACCGCAUCAGCCGAUCCCCACAUUCGAGCAAACGGUGGCCCUUCUCAUGGAGCCUGAAAACCAACACGUUAGCUUCAAUGUCGAUGUGAAGGUGCAAAAUGACCCUACGCGUCUAUUCUCUUUAAUGCACAAGAUCAUUUCAUCCUACCCCGAAUGGGAAACGCGUCUUGCACCCAGAAUUCUUCUUGGAUUGUGGCACCCGUCAUUCCUUGGUCCAGCAAAGGAGCAACUCCCAUAUUGCCGUCGUUCCCAUAUUGGAGACAGUCCCUCUGUCGCACGCAAGUUCUUCUGGGACGAUUGCGAAGUUUUCAGCAUGUCUUUUGCAGCUCUAACUUCUGCCGAUGGCCAACGCUUCCGCCAAGAGUGCAAGGCCGGAGGUAAGAAGGUCAUGGUUUGGACCGUCAAUGAACCCGACCACAUGAUGGAGGCUGUCCGCUGGGAGGUUGAUGUUAUCCUCACGGAUUCCACAAGAACAUGGCUCGACUUGCGAAGCGCGUUGCAUGCCGAUUACGACAAGAUCACUGCACAAUAUAGUCGGUUCUUCCUUUGGACCUCGCUCCACUUUUACCUGCCGUUCUUAUACAUUCGGGCCACUCUGAAUCGAGACUCCCUCGAACGCGUCGCUGGACCAUUCGACGUCAAGUUGAGCCCGUUCCAAGUUACCAUUGCCUCAACGAUUGCGUGGUGGUUGGGCAUCAAGGCAUGA